AUGAAGCCCAUUACCUUCAUAGCUCUCUCAAUUGUUUCAGUGCCCGCCUUCUCCCAGACCUGCCCCCCAAUCCUCAACAACAGCAACUUCACCUUACGGGCAACAGCAAACAUGCAAGGCUUCCCCGGCAACUUCUGCUCUAUCUGGAAUUACGGCGGCGGCUCCUACGUCGACCCAAUUGGCGGUCAAUGCCGUGGCGAAACAGAUUUCCUGCCUGGAGAGAUCUUCUCCGAGUGCCAGGGCGGCGGCAACCCGCGCGCCUUUACGUUCACCCCCCAAGUUGGUCACAGCGCUUACUACUCUGUGCUGUUUCCGGGGGAAUGUCAGCCGAUUAGAGUGUUCGCUGAUCGGUAUACGAGGAUCGAGGAAAAUGCGAGGGUGGAGUGCACCAGUGCUACGGGAGAUCUGUAUUGCACCAUCGACUAUUGA